AUGUCCGGUGCUGGUUUGGCAGUGGAGGAUUAUGAUUGGGAUGCACUGACAAUCAAGGGAACAUGCCAGCAAAUUGAGAAACCAUACCUACGCCUUACAAGUGCGCCCGACCCUGCCACAGUACGACUAGAAGAUGUCCUAGAGAAGGCUCUUUGUAUGGUUGAAACAUCAGAAAAGAAUUAUCUUUACAAAUGUGACCAACUGAAGUCUAUUCGGCAAGACCUUACUGUUCAGAGGAUUCAGAGCGAGCUGACUGUCAAGGUUUAUGAAACCCAUGCACGUUUAGCUAUCCAAUCUGGAGAUUUAGCUGAAUAUAAUCAGUUGUGUGUUGGUUUCUUUUAA